AUGAAUAGGGAAGCCGCAGAAAAAUUUCUCGACUCCAAUCCGGAGUUUGCCAAGCAGUACUUUGAGAAGAAACUUCGUCCAGAAACUGUGGCUCAAGUGAUGUCAAGGACUGACAUCGGUGCUGAUAUCUCAACAUUCAGGGAGAUGGGUCAGGUCGAGGAGAGUGAAAUUCUCUUUGACCUUAUCCGAGAUAUGCAGGAGAGCAUAAAUAUGGAAAAGGUGGUGUUUAAAACUUUACGGAGGCUUAGUUUCCUGAUCCAUGCCGACCGAAUGAGUCUGUUUAUGUACCGGCAAAGAAAUGGCACAGGAGAGUUAGCCACCAGGCUGUUCAAUAUUCACAAAGAUGCUGUCAUGGAAGAUUGCCUUGUCCAUCCAGACCACGAGAUCGUUUUCCCAUUGGAUAUGGGGAUCGUAGGAAGUGUUGCACAGAACAAGAAAACUAUAAGUAUCCAGAAUGUCGCCGAGGAUUCUAAGGCAUGCUCGUUUGUGGAUGAACUGACUGAAUACCAAACGAAGAGUAUUCUCGCUACCCCCAUAAUGAAUGGUAAAGAGGUGGUCGCUGUCAUCAUGGCAACUAACAAAACAUGCGGACCUUAUUUUACUGAACACGAUGAAGACCUUUUCUUGAAAUAUCUCAACUUUGCCACCUUGAACCUCAAAAUCUAUCAUCUGAGCUACCUUCAUAACUGUGAAACAAGAAGAGGCCAGGUUCUUUUGUGGUCAGCAAACAAAGUAUUCGAAGAACUGACAGACAUUGAGAGACAGUUUCACAAGGCUCUUUACACAGUCCGAGCCUACCUAAACUGUGAGAGAUACUCAGUAGCACUCCUAGACAUGACAAAGCAGAAGGAAUUUUUUGACCUGUGGCCUAUACAGAUGGGGGAAGUACCUCCUUACCAAGGUCCCAGAACUCCUGAUGGCAGAGAAAUAAUCUUUCACAAAAUCAUUGACUACAUUCUACAUGGGAAGGAGGAGAUUAAAGUCAUUCCAACUCCACCUGCUGAUCACUGGGCCUUGGUCAGUGGACUACCAACAUAUGUCGCAGAGACUGGCUUAAUCUGCAAUAUCAUGAAUGCAGCAGCAGAUGAAACAUUUACCUUCCAGACUGAACCCUUGGAUAGUUUUGGAUGGACAAUCAAAAAUGUCCUUUCGAUGCCAAUUGUAAACAAGAAAGAAGAAAUUGUCGGCAUUGCUACAUUUUACAACAGGAAAGAUGGGAAGCCUUUCGAUGAAAUGGAUGAGGUUCUUAUGGAAUCCCUGACCCAGUUCCUAGGCUGGUCUGUUCUCAAUACGGAUACAUACGAUAAAAUGAACAAGCUCGAAUACCGGAAGGAUAUUGCUCAGGGAAUGGUGCUAUAUCAUGUAACAUGCAACAAGGAUGAAAUUCAAAAUAUAUUGCCAACAAGGGAAGUUUUUGGGAAAGAACCCAAUGAAUGUGAAGAGGAGGAAUUACAGGAAAUAUUGAGUGAGCAACUCCCACGUGCUUCAGACUUUCAACUUUAUGAGUUCAGCUUUAGUGACUUGGAACACACGGAGAUGGAUCUUGUGAGAUGCAGCAUCCAGAUGUAUUACGAGUUGAAAGUUGUGGACAAAUUCCACAUUCCACGUGAGGUGCUAGUCAGAUUUAUAUAUUCCUUAAGUAAAGGAUACCGAAAAAUUACAUACCACAACUGGCGCCAUGGAUUCAAUGUUGGGCAGACAAUGUUCACUCUUUUGAUGACAGGGAAAUUGAAACGCUAUUACACCGACCUGGAAACAAUGGCCAUGGUCACUGCAGGGCUUUGUCAUGAUAUUGAUCAUAGAGGGACCAACAACUUGUACCAAAUGAAGUCCCAGCACCCACUGGCAAAACUACAUGGCUCUUCAAUUAUGGAACGUCAUCACUUGGAGUUUAGCAAGACUUUACUUGCUGAUGAGAGUUUGAACAUUUUCCAGAACUUGAACAGGAGGCAAUAUGAGCAUGUCUUCCAUCUGAUGGAUGUUGCAAUCAUUGCAACAGACUUGGCGCUCUACUUUAAAAAAAGAACAAUGUUUCAAAAGAUUGUCGACCUGUCCAAAACCUAUGAGGAAGAGACAGCCUGGGUGGAAUAUAUGUCACUGGAAACGACCAAGAAAGAGAUUGUCAUGGCCAUGAUGAUGACAGGGUGUGACUUAUCGGCAAUUGCUAAACCCUGGGAGGUUCAGAGUAAGGUGGCUCUGUUAGUCGCAGCUGAAUUCUGGGAACAGGGUGACUUGGAAAGAACUGUCUUACAACAGAAUCCCAUUCCAAUGAUGGACAGGAACAAAGCAGAUGAACUCCCCAAACUUCAAGUUGGUUUCAUUGACUUUGUGUGCACGUUUGUCUACAAGGAAUUCUCUCGUUUUCAUGAGACGAUCACACCAAUGCUUGAUGGUAUACUCAACAACAGAAAAGAAUGGAAGCAACUUGCUGAUGAACAUGAGAUGAAGGUGAAAGCUUUGCAAGAAGCAAAGCAGAAGCAAGAAGAAGAACUCGCAGCGAAGAAAGGUUAG